AUGUGUCAUCCCUAUUGUAUUUCCCAAAACAAAAUUCAGUUGUGAAAUAAUAAUUCCUUAAAUUACGCCAAAAUGAGCGUGGAUAUAGCCAGCACAAUCAAGUUCCGGGACAUCUGUGACCUGUUCGAGAAGCUAAAGGCCACCAAAAAGGUUGCCAACAAGGAGGACGUGCUGAAGAGCUACUACGAGUCCUUUUGCCGGCAUCGCGAAUCCUUUCGCAAGGAAACCGGCUUGGCCCACGACCAGGUGGAGACCGGAGCCAGCAGCUUCUACUCUGUGCUGCGCCUGCUGCUACCCAGUGCGGACACCGGGCGGGACAACUAUGGACUACAGAUCACGGCGCUGGGCAGGCUCUACAUACGGGUGCUUCAGCUGGCCAAGGACUCCAGCGAUGCCAUAAUGCUGCAGCACCGCAGUGGCAACAUAUACAGGGACUAUGGCGAUGUGGUCUAUGCUGUCCUCAAGCCGCGCUGCUUCAAUCCCCCCAGCAAUCUGCGGCUCAAGCACAUUCACGAAAUGCUGGACACCAUUGCCAACGAGGACACAACAGUUAAGGAGCAGGAGCUCAUCAAGUUCACGCAGCAGGCCUCGCCGGAGGAGCAAAAGUGGCUAAUAAGGCUGCUGCUAAAGAGUCUGGGCCUGGGCAUUGGCGAGCAGAAAAUAUUUGGUGUGCUGCAUCCCAAGGCGCAGGAUAUAUACCAACGCUGCUCGGAUCUGGGCCAUGUUUGCAAUCUGCUGGCGGACAAUCCUACUGACCUGGAUGCCAGCAGCAGUAGCAGCACCUCCAAGGACAACUUCAAGGCCGUCAAUCUGAAUGCCGUCAUCCGUCCGUUUCAUCAAAUCCGUCCCAUGCUAUGCGAACGCUUCCCGGGCGACAUCCAGGAGCUAAUGCAAUCGGAUGUGCUCUAUCUGGAGACCAAGAUGGAUGGCGAACGCUUCCAGCUGCACAUUGAUCGCGGCCGCUUCAUGUACAUCUCGCGAAACGGCGUCGAUUAUACCCGCAAUUUUGGUGAUAGCUACGACCGUGUUGGCACCCUCACGCCCAAGCUAAGGGGUCUGCUGCCCCUGGGUCUGCAGUCCAUCAUCCUGGAUGGCGAGAUGAUGGUGUGGGACACUGUCCAGCAGCGUUUCCGUGAGAAGGGCGAGAAUACGGAUGUUAAGAGUUUGAAGCCUGACGGCAGCUGGCAGCCCUGCUUUGUGGUCUACGAUCUGUUGUAUUUCAAUGGCCAGAGUCUUCUCGAUCUUACCUACAUCCAGCGCUCGUACAAGCUACAAAAGCUGCUGGUGGAGCAGCGUGGCGUUUUGCAAUUGAUGCGAGGCCGCAAGAUUGGCUCGGUGGAGGAGUUCAAUGAGCUCUUUCAGCAGGCCCUCGACUCGAAUGCCGAGGGAAUUGUGCUGAAGAAGCAGGGAUCUGUCUAUCAGCCGGGAGUGCGUUUGGGUGGUGGCUGGUACAAGGAUAAGGCCGAUUACAUCAAAGGCCUUAUUACCGAGUUUGAUGUCUUGAUUAUUGGCGGCUUUUACAACCGCAAGCGCACUUUUAUUGAAUCCUUCUUGCUGGGCGUCCUUCAGCCCGGAUCAACUGACAGCAGCUCCUCCCAUCGCCAUGAGGUCUUUAGCAUUGGCUGCGUCACAAAUAAUACACAACAGCGGGGGGUUUUGAAUCACACUUUAAAGCCUCAUUGGCAUGAUGUGAUCAAGGAGCCGCCACCGUUGUGGUAUCACUACAAGGCAAACGAUAGGACAGGAUGUCCUGAUCUAUGGAUCGAGCCACAAAACUCGAUUAUUUUGCAAGUGAAAGCGGCCGAUUUGGCACCGAAUUCUGCUUUCUUCACCCGCAAAUCGUUGCACUUUCCGCGUAUCGAAUUGAAACGCGAUGACAAGCCCUGGAGCGAGUGCAUGACCCUCAAGGAGUUCAACGAUCUGUGCGAGGGUUCCUUGGCCAUCAAGAAGCUAAAUAAGCGGCAGCUGCGUCUGGAGGACUUGACCACAAAGCGAAAACGUCUGCGAAUGACUCCGUCGGAGCGUAGCCGCUUGGGACUGGCCGUCUACGAGAAGCGCUGUGUCCUAGAUCCCACCAGUUCCAGCACCACAAAGCUAUUCGAUGGCCUCAGCUUUUGCAUUUUAAGCGGCUCGGCUGGGCGUCAAAGCAAGCUGCAGCUGCAGGAGCUGGCCGUUCAGAAUGGUGGCUGCAUUGUUGAGAAUCCCCUGCCCAAUGAUCCCAAAUGCUUUUGCAUAGCCGGCGACGAGACAUUCCUGGUCAAGCGGCUUGUCUUGCAGCAGCCACGCACCUGUGACAUUGUGCACAUGGACUGGCUGCUGAGGAUCUGUCGCAAGCAGGAGCUGGAGCUGCGGCCCAAGGAUUUAAUGGCGGCCACCGAGCCACUGCAGCGGGAGCUGGCCGAGUGCUUUGACAGGUACGGGGAUAGCUAUGACAAGGAUAUUGCGGACAUUGAGGAGUUGCAGGAACUGCUGCUGGACAUGGACAAAGUGACCGGAGGGGAGGAGGCGCUGGCUUUGGAGCUGGAUGCUUUAGAGGAUCAGCUGCUGGGCGGAAAGAGGAGUCUCAAUCUGUUUCGGCACCUGUAUGCCGAGUUUUAUGAGCCGCAGCAAGCCGAUCGCUUGGCCAAGAUUCUGUUUCUACAAAACGGUGGCAAGUUGGCCGACGCCAUGGAUCCGAAGCUCAGUCUAGGCUUCAACUGCAUGUCGUCCUCAGACCUGGAUCAAGAUCACCUGGAGCAGUGGCUGCUGGACCACCCAAGGCUGAGUGCUGGCAAAGUGCUAAACUCUGCCUGGAUCCAUCAAUCGCUAAGGGAGGGGCUUCUCCUACCCAAAAGAGGUUUUGUUUGAUAAAUAUUCUCAUAUUAUUGUUAAACUAAUCAUUGCUUUUUGUAAA